AUGCUCUUCCCCACCUUCCUUCUGUCGUUGCCAUUGCUCGGCGUUGUCUCAGGUCUUGCUGCCAACUCUACCCUCUACUCUCGAACCAACGGCGGUUCUUCUUCUGCCAGUAAAGGCUCUUAUCAAACUUGCGCUGAAGUGAAAGGGUCUUACGGUUACUUCAAAUACGAUUUCGGAUGUUUAUGUUCCGAUGACGUCGAGGAAUAUUGUAGUGAUAACCGAAUUGGAGGCUCUAUUCAAAGUGCUAUAAAGGCUUACCUCUCCAAGAACGGUAAAACCAAUUAUUACCCAGCGAACGCCCAACCCACAUGUGAUGGAAGAGGUGGAUACACUUGUGGAUCAUUGUACAAGAAAUCCGACGGAUCAUGUUCAUCUUCAGCAUGUGAUAACAAUCACUGGACGUCAAACGGAUCAUGUUGUCCUCGAGGUCAAACAUAUCAAAAUGGAAGAUGCUGUGGAUCAACAGGAUGUAAAUCAAGUUCAGGUUCAUGUACACCCAUCUAUACAUGUCCUUCAGGUCAAACAUUCAAAACAACCAAAUGUUGUUCGACCUACCAAUCUGAGACUAAUGGACAAUGUGGUUGUCCAUCAGGAUACACAGAUACAGGAUCAGCAUGUCAACUUAAAUGUAAAGAUAAUGAAAAAUACGAUGAUAAAACUGGUAAAUGCGCUACGAUCUGUGAUGAGAAUAAUGGAUACACCCAUCAAAAAUGUAAAAACAGUGGACCAUCAAUCUGUUGUUCGAGAGGUAAAACCGCUUAUAACACAGUCUGUUGUUCCUCUGGAAAAGAAGAAAUCGAUAAAACAGGUGUUUGUUGCACAUCAGGUGUAAACGCUAAAGUGGUUAACGGUCAAUGUGUUGAACCAACUGGAAAAUCAUCCAAUCCUCAUGCCAGAGCGGCAAGAAGAGCAGGUGUACCAAUUCAAUUAACAUUGAAAGAAUCAAUUCCAUACGGAUUAGAACAAAACAAAAACAACGAAUUAUGUCCCACGAGAAUGUCAGCAUGUCCCAUCGAAGGUAGAUUCACAAUGGAGACAUUAGAUCAAGUUGUUAAACAAGGUGAAUACGAAUGUAUAAACCCUUUGGAGGAUCUGCAAUCUUGCGGUGGAUGUUCUUCACUUUCAACAGGUGUAGAUUGUACUUCAAUCCCAGGCGCUAAAUUUAUGGGAUGUAAUAUCGGUAAAUGUCAAAUUUACAGUUGUAAGAAGGGAUGGAAAUUGAAUCAAGAUGGUUCAGCUUGUGAGAGAAAGUAA